CCAUCAAAACAGUCCGACGCGAGCAUGAGCUAGCCAAAUAGGCUAGCGCGUGUAGCCUGCGAGUGCGGCUAGGCUUUAAGAAAAGACCGAUGUCCAAUAAAGAUUAAUAACACCACAGGUCGGUUUGAUUAAAAAAAAAGCAUGUGGCAACAAGCUUUUUGUUUUUACAGAGACACGUUAAGUCUGCGUGCUAAUGUUGGCUAACACCCUCCCCGUCCACUUCAGAGCAUUCUCUUAUCUUAGCCAACUUAGCUGCCUGGAUGUAGCCCGCUCGUUUACGAUAACACAACAAUAAAUAUGAAUGUAAAAAGGUUCAAAGUGGCUGCAAAUGCUCAUAUUUUCACCAAAGAAUGCACAGCACAGCCGUUCGAGCCCGUGUCAAUGUAAUUUAAGCGAUUAUCCCUCCCCCAACCAUCGGCGUGUUAGCAUUAGCAGCUAGCUAACGCAGCAAGCUCGCGGGGUAGCAAAGGCGCGCGGCCUGCUUGCAGCCCCAUGUGCUGCUGCUUUGUUCUGGGGGCACUUUUAAGUGUACAUCACGGCGCACAGAUCGACCGAAAACUCCCAAUUUCCAUCAACAUGUGGCCCGACAACAGACGCACACGAGUCCACAACUCGCAGCUGCCACCAAAGUGUGUAAAUGCAACAUUUUUUUGACGGGUUGAAAUACUUGAGUUCCGGUGUCACAGCAGCAUGGCUUCGUCUCUGUCCAACUUCGUGAGGGUUUGUCAUGUCAAACUGUGAAUAACAGGCCCGCAUUGAUGCUGGAUCGAUAAAGAUCAAUGGCUACCUGUGUGCUGUGUCGACGUGUGCCCAGGCUGCGUUACCUCCCAGCCUUGAGAAAGGAUUUUACGCAGGCUCAGCGUGUGAUUGUCCAACGAGUGGAUGAGACUGAUGAUCAAGAAGGAAAGAAAGAAGUGUUGCAACACCAUGAAGCCUCUCUUCAAGCAGGAUACAGGCUGUAUUAUAACCCAGCCUCGUAUCACUCUGUGUGGAACUCUGCGUGGAACUCUAUAACCUCCCGGAGCCAAACAGAUAAUGAUGAGGACGAGUGUCUCUCCAUGCUUGCGCCUUUCUUCUGGCAACAGAGCAAUCGCUACAGUGUGAAUUGCUCACGGCAUCUCUCCAGCUCAAAAAACACUCUUCUUGACUUGGCUUUCGACAAAAGCGCUAAACCUGCAGUGCCAUCAGUGUCACUGUACAACCACAAACGCAUAGAGCCAGAUGUUAAAGUAGAUACACGUGCCUUCCUGAAAUGCCGGCCAGAGUAUGCCUCCAUGACCCUUGACCUCAAUGAGCGGUCUCAUUCUAUCACAUGGGAAGAGGCUGUGGUGCUGCUGCAGAAAGUGACUGUUUUAAAGGGCAGCAUGAAGCCAUCUGAUGUGUCCAAAUUCCUUGUGGAGCUCAGCCGCUUGAACCCUGACAGGAUGCCAUUAGUGAGGAGUGACCAACGCUUCAUCAUGCUCCUCCGAUAUUCUGUGGAACACCUUCACCUCUUUACUCUUCUUCAGCUGCUGGAGGUGCUGCAGGCGUUUGUGUGGAUAGACAUACCCUCAUAUCACACUGUGCUCGGGCUGUAUGAGGCCGAGUUGAGCCGCCGGGCCGACCAGAUGAGUCUGCACCAGCUGUUUUUUGCUGCCAACUUGUGGCGCUGUAUUGGAAGAAAGGUACCCCAGUUCUUAAAGCACCUCUAUGAUUCAGUCCGCCUGCACCUUGGACAGAUGGAGGUCUGUGAGCUUGUGCAACUGUUGUAUAUAAUGGGAGAGGGUAGGGAGUGCCCAAAAGACAUGAUUCGUCCUGUAGAGCAGCUUCUCAUGCUUCAUUUACACCAGUUGCACCCUGAGGAGGUUGGUACUGUCUGCUUGGGUCUUUUCAAAUCCCAGACUUCAAUAUCUGAGGCCACAGUGACUCAUAUUGUUAAUAGGGCACACUCUUUUGUGGAGGAGAUGAGUGACUUUGCCAUGGUGAACGUGCUGAAAUUCCUGCGUUUCAACUACCAAUACCACAGGCUGUGGCUGGAGGCCAUGGCACAGGAAGUUCCUCGACGGGCCCACCGGAUGGGUGUCCAGGGACUGAUGCAUGUGGCACUGGGUUGCUCAGCACUGCAUCACCACAGUGACAAAAUCCUAAUGGCAGUUGCUGAAAGAGUUCCCUCGCUGGUGCCACACUGCAGGAGUAAAGACUCGUGCAAACUGCUGUGGGCGUUCGGCACGUUAAGGUUUCUCCCAGAUCAGAGUCCCAGCCUCUACCCAAGCCUGACAGAGGCCCUGAGACAGAGGAAAGCUGAAUUCCAGCGUUACCCAGAACAUCUGCUGACUGGUCUUCUCGGCCUGGCCUUUGUCUCUCAGUUCCCAGAGGACCUAAUUGCAUUAGCUUUGAGCCCUGAGUUUGUCAACAUAGCACUGAAAUCCAGACAGCUGGAGCUGAAAAAAGACUUGUUCACUUUAGACAGAGCUGUGGCACUUGAGCUGCCUCAGUGGACUGGCCCGCAGCUGAGCCGUGAACUGAGAGAGGAGGUGACAGAAAUGUUGUGGAAGUUUGCUCAGUCAGAUGUGUGCCAGAAAGCAGAGGUUCAGGAGGCAGAAACUGCCCUGCAAAAUCUGUUCGGAGGAGAGAAGUUUGUAUGCAAGAGGAUGAUCCUGCCCCACACUCGCUCCAUCGACCUGGAAGUACACCUGGACUCUACUGGACAGCCUGUACCUGUGAAACCGUCUGACACAGCCGUGUUACCUCCAGAGAACAGUUCAUCGAAAGCUCCCUCUCAUCAGGGCUGGGAUGGAAUGGAUAUAGGAGUAGCUAUAACUGACAAACUUUUUGCACAGCUCACAAGUACUAAAAACAACAAAGAACCUUUAACUCCACCUGCUAUCAUUAAACCACCUUCUCUUCACAGAGUACAGCCCGAUGAAUGUAGCAGUGUGUUUAACAGAGGGCUAGUCCUGACGAAUGACCUUAGAGAAGCUCUCAUCAGACCCAGCAGGCCCGCCCCAGCCCCCCAGAAAUCUGACAGCACAGUCAAACUUGCAAUCCAGGUCUCCAGCAGAAACCACUACUGCUACCAAUCACAGCAGUUGUUGGGCCUUCAUGAAAUGAAGCGGAGGCAGCUGAAGUUGGCAGGCUACAGGGUUGUUGAGCUUAGCCAUCAGGAGUGGUUUCCCAUGCUGAGGAAAAGUAGGACUGAGAAGCUGGCAUACCUGCACUGCAAAAUCUACAACAGUCUGUCAUGAUCCCCAGAGCUCAUAGAGCCCAAAAAAAUAACAGGAAAAUGUGAGACUGCAGUGCAAAUUAUGUGGGCGCUUUGGCUUCUGGGCAAUCUGUAGUUCGUUAUGUAUACUGUAUGUGCAAAACACAGAAACAGUUCAGUACGACGAUGCACCAAUAUUUGCCUAUCCCAACACAAUUACCAGAAUAAAUGUUGGCAGUGAAGGUUUCUGCAAACCAUGGAUAUUUAGAAUCAAUUUUAUGUUUUGAAAAUGCUGUGCUUACAUUUGUCUUCCAACAAGAAAGUCUGGCCAUAAACAUGUAAUGUGAAUGUGAUACAACAUUUGUCCAUAAACGCAUGAAAAAUGCUUGCACAUGAAACGUACAGGUGUAAUUGUAUCAGUGGUUGCAGAAACGUUUACCAUCAUCUUAUACAGCAGACUCAGCUGUUUACCUUCACCCACUAUUGGGUGAAGGUAAUUACAUGUUCAUUAAUUACACGUUCUAUCACAUGUUCAUUUCAAAACACAUUUCUUAAGGAUGUUAUUUUUUUUUAAAUGUUGUGACAUUUCAAGAUAUUUUUCUGAAAAUAAUGCAAAUUAAAAAAAAAAAUUUGGAAUGUAUUUUGUUUUGCUUUUGCCCUCCAGGAUUUGCACAGGUAUAAAGACAAAGUUGUUUUGCAUGAUGCUUAAUCACAUUCACUCAUGCAUGAUGGUCUGCAGCCCACUUUGCGCGGCAAAGGUCAGACUUGAUCUUUAGAACUGAUGUGAAUGUGGAAUGAAACAGAUGCUCCCGACGAGAAGAAUCAGUUAUGUAAUUUGAUAAAGCAAGGAUUAAAGCCCUCAGAAAUUAUUAUGAAGGGGGAGGCAAAUAAUUCAUUCAGUGAGGCAUCAGUAUAUAAUAGUGACCUUGUCUGUCACAAAGCUCUCACAGGCCCAUUUGCUUUUUUUCUUGCAGGCGUUUUUGUUUCUUUUCAUGUUCUAACUAAAACUGGCACCUUUGUUACAAGGCAUACUCAUACUUUGAACAGCUUUUUAUUUAGAAGGUUAAUGUCAAAGAAGACAAGCAUGAAAAAGAAAAAAAUGUAACUAGUAUGUUUCCCAUGAGGAAGCACAAAUGCUUUUUUUUGUG